AUGGAGGAGGAGGAAGUCAACGAGGAGAAGAUGGAAAAUGGCAAGGGCAGUAGCCAACAGAAUGACGCCCUAUACGAUGAAUUAUUUUCUCUCAUUUGUGAGGACAAGGAUGUUGUUAAAAGGGAGGCUUUUAAAAUCCUGUUAGGUCUGAUUGACGAUGAGUCUAUGGUGGCAUACAUACAAAAGAACGAAAAAAAAUGUUUGAGGGUUUUGAUUUCUGGAUUGAACUCCAAUUACGAGGUGGUUGCUCUGCAAUGUUUGGUGAACUUAUCCGCACACAUCCCCAAGGAGCUAAUCCAAAGGAAUGUCAUCGAAAUUGUGUUCGACAUACUGAGGGAGGAGGAGGAGACCGAGGCAAAGAGCCACACGGAACUGUACAUCCUGCUAGUGGCAAACCUAUCCAGGGAAAAGGAAGGAAUAUAUAAAAUUCUGGACCUUCCGGAAGAGAAGCUAAAAGAGCAGGCGCAGGAGAAGGACCAGACGAAAGAAGAGUUAGCCGUAAGUUACUACCUUAACAAAUUGUUGCAUCUUUUCUCCAAGCCGAUCGUUCCAUCCACCAUUAACAAACAAAUCACAGACAAGUACUUUUUCAUUUCUCACGUAUUAAUUAACGUAUCCUCUGUAAAGGAGUGUGUCCCUUUUUUCAAAAGCGUCUUUCUGUUGAAUAUGCUAAGCAAACAGAUGCUUCACCCGGAGAGAUGCACAGCUGUCCUUCAGUGCGUAAUAAAUCUUUCCAUGAGUGAACAACUCCAUCCUUAUGUGUUUCAUGAAGACUGCUCUUUAAUACCUCAUGUCCUUUCCCUUGUCUACACACGUGGGAAGGGUAGCGAAGAUAAGCUUUCAACACCCUCCUCGAAGGACACUAGCCAAAAAGGGACGAACAAAGAUCCUGUGCAUCAUCUCAUUCUGGAUAUGUCUACAGUGCUCACCACCUCCACGGAUAUAAAAAACAGAGUCAUGAUUCUUCUACGGAAUUUGUUCACGCGGGAGCUGGCCAGGGAAAAGCUCUGCAGCUACGGAAUCGAACACGUCUUAAAGAACUGGCUCAUUUACGAGAAGAACACGGGCAUCGCAUGUGACGUCACCCACCUGGUCGACAUGUGCACGGAGAUAACCCCGGGCUGCAUUUACAUCGAAUGA